UUUAGUUUCAGUUUCAGUUGAAAACGCCGGUUGGCGGCGGACGCGCUCGCGCUCCUCAAAAAAUCGGAAAACCGAACCCCCCCAACAAACGCACAAGCGCAUUCUCUAAUUUUGGCGGUGAAAGUGCAAAUGGCAAAAAAAAUGCAUUAAAGCAGUGAGGAUUGAGGGGGUCUGGGGUCACGGUGGGAGGAGACUGGAGAAAGGAGGGCGUUCGGAUUUUUGGAUGGAACUUUUGGCAAUUGGCUGGCGGUAUUUCUGGAUUAAGCAACGCCAAAUUGUAACAGACGAACGAACAACGACCGACUAUUAACGAUUAAAAUUAAGCCCAAUUGAAGUAGGGGAAAGUGCUUAGGAUUUCCAUUUUACCAUUUACCAACAACAACAAGAACAACAACAAUAGAAGCAACAGCAACUGAGCCAUAAGCGGAUAACAAGUGUUGUAGAAAAUUUUUUCCAAAUAUUUUUAUCAACAAUAUUUUUUGAAAAACUUUUGAAGACACACCCGUGAAAGAAGCGUAUAGCAAAGAAGAGAGCUUCGAGGCAAACGAAAGUCAGCCAAGAAGGAAGUGAAAGCUAAAGUCAAACUAAAAAGGCAAAAGGAACAGAACGAAGUUGAUACAGCAACAGGAAGAAGCAGUCCCAGAAAGAGAUACAAAAUGGCCGCCGUACAACGGAAACUGGUGCACAAGCAGUUCAACUCGCCCAUGGGCCUCUAUUCCCAGGAGAACGUGAAGGCCACGUUGGACCGCGAGCUGAAGGCCUUCGGCGCCGAGGGGAUUGAAGUCGACGAUCAAAUUUCCAAGCCCCUGAACUUGGCCAACUCGGCCGUUCUGCGCGCCGUCGAAGAGGAGGAGCAGCAGGCCAAGAGCGGCUAUAAGCGAGUGGCCUGGCCACCGGCCUCCGAGGAGCGGAUCAUCCGCGAGUUCACCCCCCAGCCGGCCACCCAGAGUCCGGCCCCGGGAUCCGGAGGCUAUUAUCCGCAAUCGGUCGCUGCCCCGCCCAGCCAUGCUGCUGCAGCCCCACCACAGGGACCCAUUUAUAAUAACGUCCAGCCCCGCACCACCCAACCAUCAGCACCACAGCAGUCGAGCUACACGCCACAAAACGUCUACGGUAACCCACAGCCCACCUCUCAGUACCCCGAUAGUUAUCCAUACCAGCCACAACAGCAGCAGCCCCAUCAGCAGCAACCUGUCCAAUACUCACAGGCCCAGUUCAAUAGGCAGCGCUCGAGGGAGCCUGUCCAGGCUCCGGCUCCAGCUCCAGCGCCAGCACCUGUGUCCGAUUAUGCCAAUGCCAGUGCUAAUGCGUAUCCCAACUAUCAGUCCAACUAUCCGCAGCAGGAACCGCUGCAGGCCGGUAACAAUGUGGGCGGUGGCUGGAAGCAUAUAGGUGCCCCUCAACCCAAAGCCCACAACGAAUUUACUGUCCCUGGAUCGGGAUCAGGAUCGGGAGUGGGAUCCCUGCCACAGCAGCAGUACCAUCAGCAGCCAAACUAUCAACAGCAGCAGCAGCAGCAAUACGGUGCUCCAUCCUAUGGUGGCUACCAGCAACAGCCUGCCCCCCAGCAGCCUGCUCCACAGUGGCAGCAACAGCAGCAGCAGGUGCCUCAGCAGCAAUACCAGCCGCAACCCCAGGCACAGGCUCCCUACCAGCAGCCACAGUGGAACCAGCAGCAGCCAUCGUACCAGAGCUCACCGUACCAGCAACAGCCAUCCCAGCAGCAGCCUUCUUACUAUCCCCAGCAAAACGGUGGCUCGACCUUUGCUCAACCACAAUACAAUUCUUAUUCGCAGCCCCAGCAGCAGCAGCAGCUGCCCUAUUCGCAGGAUCAGCUCGAUCUGCAGCAGCAGCCUGGUGCCUUCGCUGGCCAGGAUAGCUACCGUGGCGCCAGCCCAGGGAUCAUCACCCUGCGCAAGGAGGCGCCCGUUACGCAGAAGCCUGCGCCAGUUUAUACUUCGCAGCCAGCCGCCGUCAGCUAUCAGGGAGGCAGCAAAUUGCGCGGAGAUUUGAAAUGGCCACCACCAGAAUACAAGGAGGCCGCAGCUCGUGAGAACGAAGAGCGUCGCCUUUUGGCGUUGGGCCCCGUCUGCCGUCCACGACGAGUCAACAGGGACUACACUGGCUUCUUUGCCAAGCACCAGCUGAACAAUGCCUAUCCCAGCUACAAGGUGCCACCCGGCACCCAGCACAUGUUCGCCUAAGCUGGACAAGGAAACAUCACAAAUCAAUAAGAGCAACAUAAAUUCAAUGGAACCCACUUCAUAAUAAUACUUACAACGAUCACGUAUAUGUUACUAAAACGAAACACUAACGAAACUAUAUAUAUACAAUUGUUAUACUAAUCUAAAAUGAACACUAACGACGCCAUAUCUAGAAGCAUAUAUAUAUUACGAAACGAUUGCCAGGGGCGCAGAGCCCGUGAUAGGUGAAUGCAAUACUACUAAAAUCUUGGGUCAUCCCGCUCUUGGUGAGUCAUUAUAAACUAUGUAAAUGGGUAAAUGGAUGCAUUCUGAUAAUUGUACAGAAAGCACCCAUUGCCGCCAAAUGAUCCCGAGAGUGAGGAGCCCAAAAUCCAGAAAUGGAUAACGAAAUGUCUCUAUGUACCUAUACUGUAUACACAUAUUUGGAGCAUGUGCAUAUAGUAUGGUUAAGAUAGCAGAUCAAGAACUAUAUACUAAAACAUAGCGUUAGAUUCUAAGAUGAUUGUUAAACAAAAGUUGUUAACUAGCAAAUGAAACGGAUUACGAUGCGACCCACGACGGAAACUGAUAAUGAGAUUGAACCUUGAUUUAGAAUGUAAGCGCACUACUAAACUAUUUAUUCUCAGCCAUAUUCUAUUUACCGCCGAUCCUGUGGAGCCGUCCCGCUCUCAAGGACUGCACCAUCUAUGGCAUUACUUUUUCGAUCUUGGGAUGAGCGAACCACCCACUAACCGCAAAUUGUAAAAUGAUCAGUUCCCUCCGCUCCCAAGACGAAAACUUUGAUCAGCUUAAGGGCUGAGUCGUUGGAAAAUGAUGGCGACCAGGAAUCGUGAUGUUUAUUAUUGUUUGAGUUUGCAUGCUUUUUGCUUAAAUCUAUAUAUUUAUGCAUAUAAAUAUAACCACUCUAUUGUUAAACUGCAUAUGAAAAAAAAACCGUCAAUUACCCGAUAACUGCAUACAUAGGUGAUAAGUGAUUAGACCGAUAAAUAGAUCUGUGAGCAAAAAUACCAAUCAGAAACAUUUGGAAUCAACGACCAAGAAGAUCCCACCCACAUCCAGAAUUCUCCUCUCAUGACCAAGGCCGGUGCGAUAGUCCCCCGCAUGCCACCGGGUAACAAUAUGAGGAUGCCGUUGCCUGCGAUCAGAGCAGCCGCGGACUCUGUGCCUGUCUUGGGACAUGGGUCGGGAUGUGGCCGGGGAGCGGAUCGAGGAAGGGUCAAAACUCUCAGACUUUACAACUUACUAUGACCAGCAAUGUCAACAACUACACUACAAUGUAUAACUAAAAUGAAAAGAGGAAUCUAAAUAAACGAUAACGUUUUGAAUACUCGCGAUGAGAAGAACGA